CCACUCCGCAAUCUAAAACUAAAAUGAUGAGCGUCCGUUUCUCAUUGCUGCUGAUUGGUCUGGUGGUGGUGCAGACUGUUUGGGGCCGUGUGCCCUAUCCAGAGGUGGAGCUGCCGCCGAUCGUCCAGGAGGAUGAGAUCUACGAGCGCGCCGUUUAUGUGGCACCACAGCCACAAGGACGUGCAGCGGCCUGCAGUGUCACCAUUCGCGGUGGCAUGCCGAGUCCCGAGCCGGUCUAUCUGAAGACCGACUCUGAGGACUUUUAUCCCUUCAACGAUGUUGGCGCCAUGGAAUUCAAUGCCGGAGACUCCUUCCAGCUGUGGUGUCCUGCUGCAUUCAACACCCACUCCCAGACCCUAUUGACGGCCAAGUGCGUGAGUGGAUCCACCUUCAGUGUGGACGGCAAGAACUUUGAGUUCAAGGAUCUCUACUGCAAGUCCUGGCCGGGCUUCAAGGCCGUCAAAUCGGGCGCCACCUGCAACGGAGGCAUUGUCAUUCGUGUCGGUUUCGAGAUCACCUCCACUCGCUUUGCCGAACAAAUGCAGAUCUGUUUCAACGAGGAGGAGGAGGUGACCCGCUACACGCGCCACAAGCUGGAGCCCGGCAGCAACUACUACGAGACGGGCGUGGCCCGCAUCACCUUCCAGACGGCCGGCUUCUUCGAUGGCAAGAAUGUGGAGAAGCUGUACACGCAGGUUACCCAGCAGGAGACCAUCAACAAGGAUCUGGGCGGCGAUGCCGGCAAGUACUUCGACACCGGGAGCGUCUUCCUGGCGCGCGGCCAUCUGGGCGCCAAGGCGGACUUUGACUAUGCCCCCGAGCAGCGUGCCACAUUCCUGUUCAUCAAUGCCGCUCCCCAGUGGCAGUGCUUCAAUGCCGGCAACUGGGAGCGCGUCGAGGACGGAGUCCGUGCCUGGGUGUCCAAGAACAAGAUGGAGGUGAACUGCUACACCGGUGUCUGGGGUGUCACCACGCUGCCCAACACGGAGGGUGUGGAGACUCCACUCUAUCUCGCCCGCGAUGCCAACAACAAUGGCCUGAUUCCUGUGCCCAAGAUCUACUUCCGCGUGGUCAUCGAGCCAUCGACACACCGUGGCAUCGUCUUUAUCGGCGUGAACAAUCCCCAUCUGAGCUUGGAGCAGAUCAAGCGUGACUACAUCAUUUGCAAUGAUGUCAGCGACCAGGUGACCUACGUCAACUGGAAGAAGACUGACAUCAAGGCGGGCUAUUCGUACGCCUGCGAGGUGGCCGAUUUCCUGAAGACCGUCAAGCAUCUGCCCGCUCUGACAGCCAAGGGCGGACUCCUGGUCUAAGUUGAUGAUUGAAUAAAGCGCAAAAGAAACCAUU